GGAGCUGUUAACGCAGAAACUGGAAGCUAUGACGAUGUUAGCAGCUGUCUCAGACCCGAUCACUGGCUGGUGCUUCUUUGGUAUUACUUUGCUGGUAGGCGGCUGAAACAACUAACUCUCCUCUUCCCGCCAGCUGGCUCUCUAGCCAGUUUCUUUUCCUGCCACUCUGAGAAAUGACUGGGUCCCGGUCUUCCAUCCUCUGUGGUUAUGGGUGCACUGGGCUGGGUAUGAAACUAGGGUGUGGUGGCGGUCAUUCAUUAUUAAACUCGAAGAGGAGACUUUGGGGCGCGUGGAGCAAAUCUUUAAACGGAGCAGUUCCGCAGGGUUAAGCCGUUGCCAUUGAAGCAACAAGCAAUUUUAAUCCCUUUAGUCUAAUUAGCGCACUUUAAGGAAGGAGAACUAUCCAUUUAGACAUCGUUCACUAACGUAAAGGGUUGUGACAGUAACCCCAACAAAUGCUUCUAAGAAUGAUGUUCGGUUUCUACGAUACUUUAAUCUUGAAUAGAGCCAAAGCAAGACUUUGUAGCCUCCUUCCUGACACCAAAAGCGAAAAGGAUCGUCCUGUUGCCCUUUAUGUCAAGUAUUGCUAUUUUAAAGGAGUUCACUAAACCGAAACCAGCGGUGGCACAAAGCUUUUGUAAUCUGCGUUUAUUCCCUCGGCAAAGAGCCCAGCUAAGCAAACUAACACUACGAGAUGCUCAUUGGCUGGCUAUGCUGCAAUAACAGCCAAUCGCAACGCUCCUAGGAGCUUCGCGCGUAGAAUAUUGUUUAGCCGUUUCCUUGGUGACGGUUUUCAGGCUGGCCCUUUUUCUCCCGUCGACCCGCUGCCUCCAGUUGGCUCCUCCUCCCCUUCGGCGGCAGCAUCGUUUCGUUUUGUGCUGUCUUUGUUGCCGGAAGUUAAGAUGGUGGCCUUCACUGCUGAGUCUGACCUAGUCACAGGCUGGUGCCUGUUCGGCAUCGCUUUGCUGGUUAUUCUGGCUUUCUGCUGGGUUUAUGUUCGCAAAUACCAGAGUAGACGGGAAAGUGAAGUGAUUUCUACCAUUACCUCUAUUUUUGCCUUGGCAAUUGCACUUAUUACAUCAGCACUCUUACCAGUGGAUAUUUUUCUAGUUUCUUAUGUGAAGAAUCAAAAUGGGACAUUUAAGGACUGGGCUGAUCCAAAUGUUACAAGACAUAUUGAAGAUACAGUGCUCUAUGCGUAUUACACGCUGUAUUCCGUCAUAUUAUUCUGUGUAUUCUUGUGGAUUCCCUUUGUCUAUUUCUACUAUGAGGAGAAAGAUGAAGAUGAUGGUGACACGUGCUCACAGGUUAGAACUGCAUUCAAGUAUACACUAGGAUUUCUUUUGGUUUGUGCCAUCCUUCUAAUCAUUGGAGCCUUUGUUCCAUUGGAUAUUCCUCACAAGAAAAAUUCAACAGAAUGGGAGAAAGUGAAAUGCUUGUUUGAAGAACUUGGAAGCAACCAUGGUUUGGCUGCCCUGUCCUUCUCUAUAAGCUCCCUGACCCUCAUAGGAAUGGUGGCAGCUGUGAUCUAUACAGCUUAUGGGAUGUCUGCUUUGCCUCUGAACCUGAUAAAGGGAACAAGAAAUGCUAGCUAUGAACGCCUGGAAAACACUGAAGAUAUUGAGGAAGUUGAGCAAAAUAUACAAAGGAUUAAAUCAAAGUGUAAAGAUGGUCGGCCUUUAUCAACUCGGGACAGACGGGCACUGCAACAACUUGAGGAAAGACUAAGAAGCCUUCGAAGAAGAGGGAGACGUCUGGAAUAUAUUGAAAAAAGCUGCUGGAUGAAGUUCUGUGGAGCCAUGAGGCCACUGAAAAUUGUCUGGGGUGUGUUUUUCAUCCUUGUGGCCCUGCUGUUCACCAUCUCUCUUUUCUUGUCAAAUUUGGAUAAAGCAUUGCAUUCAGCUGGCAUAGAAUCGGGAUUUCUAAUUUUGGGAACAAAUCUGACCAAUCCACUGAAUAUGCUUUUACCUGUUCUACAAACUGUAUUUCCUCUUGAUUACAUCCUCAUUACUACUAUUAUUAUGUACUUUAUCUUCACUUCAAUGGCAGGGAUACGAAACAUGGGUAUAUGGUUCUUCUGGAUAAGGCUGUAUAAGAUCAGACGGGGUAGAACACGGCCUCAAGCACUUCUCUUUCUUUGCAUGAUACUGUUAUUUAUUGUUCUUCAUACCAGCUAUAUGAUCUACAGCCUUGCUCCUCAGUAUGUUAUGUAUGGAAGCCAAAAGUACCUAAUUCCGAAUAAUAUGACCACUGAUGGACAGUCUGCAAAUGUGACAGUGUUUGUGCCUAAAGAUUGUGAUGCUGAUGCCCCUGAAGGCCAGUGCACUAUUACUCGGACUUACCUUUUCCUUCACAAAUUUUGGUUCUUCAGUGCUGCAUAUUACUUUGGCAAUUGGGCUUUUAUUGCAGUCUUCUUAAUUGGAUUAAUUGUGUCAUGCUGUAAAGGGAAAAAGUCUGUCAUUGAAGGUGAUGUAGAUGAAGAUUCGGAUAUAAGUGAUGACGAACCCUCUCUCUAUUAUGGCUGACAGUCCUGAAUCCUGAAGGUUAACGCAUGCUGUUUAAAACUGAGAAUGCCGUUUUGGUUUGGACUUUUUUUCUUCUCUUGAAAAAAGAUCAUAUUUGCCAAUGUUAAAAGAGGACAGGUGAUGUGAAACGGGAUUGAAAGAUGGAAUCUGAGUUCAUUAUUGUAUUAUAGUUAAGCUAAUGUGUACAUAAAUAAUCAUAAGAACUGAUUUUAUAAAGGAAUGAUUAAAACUACUAUUUUUGAGUAUGCACUCUGAUACUGUGAUUUGUCAUUUAAUUUAGUUACCUUCCUGUUGCUCAUCUGUUUAUUUAUUUAUUUUUUAAAUUCCUUUAUUCCUGAUUGACAAUGUUGAAACGGUACAGUGAAUAUGGAAUUUAUUAGAAAUUCCAUUGUCCACUAACAGUAAGAGUUAACUACAACAGAUGCUAUCAAAACUUUAGUAACGUUUAACUGUCGUGGGUUGUUUGAUUUAAGUGUUUGUUUAUAUUAAAAACUCUAGGCCAGUUGAAAACAACUUGAUUUGUGGUGAGAUUGGAGACAGGUCUUCAUCUUGCAUGCUUUCCCUUUUCUCUAACUGCUCACAGAUUCUGAUUAUACUGGAAGAUUUCUACAAAUCUCCCCAGUCCUAUGAUAAAGACUUCUGUGUAGCCAGACUAGGGUGGCAUCACAUUCAAAUAAGGAGAUUUCCUUGUAUAGCUGUUGAAUUUCAGCGGAGGAAAAGAGCCAUCUCUGAACAAUACUGCUCUGUCCCAGUGCAUGGUGAGAUUAGGAAAGAGCGACAUGGGUACUUUCUUUCCCUAUAUACCUUCUUGCUAAACAGGUUCUCCGUCAACCAAGCAAUACAGAAAAGCCACAACUUCAUUCUUCAUGUAAUUUGGGAUUUGCCAUGUUUCUAGUGUCUAAACUAACAAUGUGUGGCAGUUCUGUUCUUGAUUUUUUUAAAAAAGUUCAGUAUUAAUCACCAAAGUUAAUUACUGUUGGAUAUUCUAUAUUUCUCAAUUUACUGUAACACAUUUUGAAGUAAUUUUUAAACUGUUAAUCAAUAUUUUGUCAUUUUGUUGAGUUGUACCUAAAUACAAAGCAUCGAAAUUUAAAUCAUGCAUAGAAGUUGUUUCUGUCCAGUUAUGUAAAAUAAAUUAAUCUUGUCUAAAUGCAA